UUUUAUGAUUCACGGUAUUUACGACUUAAGUUUGUUUACUCUUCGAUUUCUUUUUUGUUCGAGUUUGGAGUUAAAUUAAUUAUGGAGCGUGAUUUUAAAACCCAUCCAAUGCAGUGGAGAGUAAUUAUUGAUUAUAUGGAAGAAAACCCUUCAUUAAUAAGGCCCAAAUUUGGGCACUCUGAUGGCGAUGCCAAUGCCAAUAAUCAGCUGUGGAAUCAGCUAGCCACUAAAUUAAAUGCGAUGGGUUUUGGUGUAAGAACCGUUGAGAAGUGGAAAGCGGCUGUAACUCGAUGGAAGUCAAAAGUUAAAAGCAAAGCUGCCCAACUAAGAAUCGAGGGAGAGAAGACUGGGGGUGGUCCCUCAAAAGCCAUUCCUUUAAAUGAUACGGAAGAGCGGCUAAUGGCCUUAUUAGGCUGGAGAGCUGCGACUGGGGACAAGAAUGUUGAGUUGGGAAUGCCACAACCGCAAACACCGCCAGCCACAGAAAGCUCAAUGUCAAUACCCCCCUUGACACCUAUUACCCCUGUCAGAGCUUCAUCAUCAUCAAUACGAGCAGCAGAGAAUAGGACUGCUGCUCCUGCUCCUAAAAGAAUACGGCAUUCGACAGAAAGAACAAGGAGGUUUGUGUCUCUCAAUAGGAUGCACACAGAGACACAGGAACAGAGUGCGCAACAUUAUAAAGAACUCUCAGAGACACUGAAACGGAUUGAGGCAAAUACCGAGCGCUUUGCCAGUGCAUUAGAAAGAGUUGCCAAUGUGCUGGAAACUAUUGUUCCUAAUGUUUCAGUACCAUAAUAAAAAAAACUAAAAAGAGUAUUAAAAAAAGACUUAUAUUAGAAAAGAAUGUUCCUAUUUUUGUUAUGAUUUAUACAAGGUGUCCGGUAAGUAAACGAUA